AUUAACUUCUUCUUAUAGAAAAGCAUCGAAAGAUGUCACUAUAUUCAUCUCCAUCACAUAGCGCCACCGUUGUCUAUGUAGUAAAAAAUUUAUGUGCAACUCAUGUAGAUAAAUUGCUACAUUUGCAAACAUUUAUCUCUGUACAACGAAACUUGAAACAUUAGUGGUGCUGUUUAAAAUUAAAUAUUUCGUUGGAAAUUCUUUCCUUCGGAAUGAUACGCGAGUGGAAUAUGUUGACGCUUAAUUCUUCACUGAUGCGAUUGGAUUUAUGAGGACCUACAAGACUUAAACGGUUAUUGUUGCGCAUAUCAAAAGAUACUGUAGCAGAAUGGCAGAAGACGAGAGGCAAAUUAGGGCGGCCGCAGAAACCUUGCUGAGUGAAUCUAUAAACUCCCACAGGAGUUUGUACACUCAGCAAAAUGUAACGCGAACUCCGGAUAUCAUCCUUAGCGAGGAUCUUAUCGCGGGUGCCAUGCAUAACGGGAGGAUGUCCAACGUCAGACGCUUCUUUUGCCUCUUCGUCACCUUCGACCUCCUGCUUACUUUCCUCAUGUGGCUCAUUUGUACAAUGAUUGCCGGUGAGAGUUUGGAAUCCGCCUUCAUGAAUCAAGUAGUCCAUUAUCACAUAAAAACCUCACUCUUCGACAUAGUGAUGGCAGCGAUUUGCAGGUUUACCGUGUUGUUGCUCUUCUAUGCUCUGCUCCAUUUGGAUCAUUGUAUUAUCGUAGCUUUGACAACUGCCACGACAUGUGCUUUCUUAAUUGCUAAAGUGUUUCUUUUCGAUUGGUCGAUAUGCAAUCAACCAGUAUUUCAGGUUCUUCUUAUCCUUACAUCUUUUGUAUUGCCUUGGGUGGAGGCUUGGUUCUUUGAUAUUCGUGUGUUACCUCAGGAAACACAAGCCAGAAAUUGGUUUAGAAAUUUUGCGGAUAAUGAAAGAGAACCGCUCCUCCGAGGAGUUGUUUCGGAAUCACGCCAAUAUACCAGCGAACCUGGUACAUUUUUUACACCUAUGGAUUCACCAGCUCAUUCUGACCACGAGGAUGAAAGUUGUAGAACACCAGGUAAUACUCGGGGCUUAUCAAAAGCAACUGAAGUAUUUCCACCUAAGUCUUUACCAAAACUCACAACAGAGAUGAUACAGGAUUAUAAACGAAGAGCAAAUGCAUUAGUACAAACUUGCCACGAUUUAUUGCAAUCUAAAGAUUGGCAAAUUCAAAAUAUAAUGUCAAAUGGUGAUAUUAUCUUUUAUAUAAACCGUCCUAAGGAAGGGAAAACAUUAAAGAUAGUAGGAACUAUUGAAGCUCCAGCUGGUAUACUCGUGAACAGAUUAUUCGACGAAGUUGAAUUAUUACCGUCAUGGAAUAGACUCGUUACAGAGUCGAAAAAGUUACAGGACAUUGAUGGAAAUACAGAUAUUGUUUAUCAAGCCACAAGUGCCCAAGGAGGAGGCAUUAUUGGCGCUCGUGAUUUCGUUAUUUUAAGACAUCGUGUGCAAUAUGGCAAAUAUUAUAUAAAUAGUGGAAUGUCAGUGCCUUUUACGUCAUUACCAAAUCGCAGUAACGUCGUCAGAGCCGAGAACAAGCUAAGCUGUUGUGCAGCUGAACAAUUACCUAAUGACGAGAGUAGAUGUCGAUUUACGUGGAUAAUUAAUACGAAUUUGAAAGGCUGGCUUCCACAAAAAGUUGUAGAUAAAUCAAUGUCUACUGCAUUGGUAGAUUUCAUGUCUUAUGUAAGGAAAUACAUGGAUGACACGUAAGGAUCAAUCGUUUAGUACAUUGUACGUUUCGAUAUUCGAUCAGAAAACCACGGUCUUUCAUAAUCAUCUUCUGGAUUCUUCUGAUUGAAGGAAUUUCGUUUUUUUUUUUUUUUUUUUUUUUUUUAUAGCAUUUUUAACGUUCCGAGAGUAACGUAAUUGUUAAUCAAUUCAAAUAUGAUUUUCCUACAAUAUUUUCCAUAUGCAUUAGUACAAACUAAAUGAAACGUGUAGGAAUCUAUGAAUGUUUGUUUUGUGGAAUUGACAGACUGACAAAAGGACGGUAAAUGACUUUUUUCCAUAUUUCGUAUUUCCUAAUCAGAAAUUAAAGCUAAGAGAUACUUUUUAUAGAUGAAAUAUGUUUAAAAAAAUGAUUGAUGUCUUAUUUUCGAUACAUUUAUACAGGAUGUUAUCGAAGUAGUGGUAUAAGAGGAAAGAAGGUGAUUCUGCGCGAAAGAAGACAUAGAACAAACAAAUAAUAUAAAAUAAAAGAAUUACGUUUCGUUUUCGAGAAAGUCAAGGUUGAAAAAAUGUCACUUUACAUUUUCUACUUAUUUUUUUAUGUACAUUCACUUCCUUUCAGCUUAUACCACCAGUUUGGCAACACCCUGUAUCUUAAAUUAAUAGAGAAAUUAAACAUGCGUCUUGGGCAGACACCCAUGCUUUGUAAUUAUUUUUUAAUAUAUUAUGACUUAACUCUUAUAUUACUUGUUUACAAAUUAUUCAAAAGCGACAUUAUCAUAACAAAAUCUAAUCUUAUUUAUAAAUCGUCUAAAAUAUUGACGAUAUUUAUAACCUUUAAUUUUCUGCUUUAUUCGUCUUGAUAAUUCUACUUUGCAUCUUUAAUUUUUAUUUGACGAAUGCAAAUUAUGUCUAGGUAAAGUCACUUUUGUUAUAAGAAUAUUAUUUUGAAAUAUUCAUUUAGUUAAUUACUUUAAGUCUUGAAACUUUUAUUAAAUUGCAGUGUAAAUAUAUGAACAUAUACAGAUAUAUAGUGCUUUAUACAAAUUCUUAUUUGCCUAUAUAUUUCAUGACAAUUAAUUGUAUUUACAAUACACGUUUAAUCAUGAUUUAUGCAUGAAUGUGGUUGACUAUGUUUAUCUUUAUUGCAUGUACAAGGAAAACAGCAAAAUAUCAGGGAAAAGUUAAAGAAUAAAUAGUUAUAUAAGUAAUUUGACAUGAAAAACGUAAUGGAAUGUUUAACAAAAUCUUUUAAAGUAUUUUCAUAUCAUUAUAAUUUUUUAAAAACUACAUAAUAGCAUGAUUCAUUUUUAAAAGCUGUUUCUCGUAUACUUUAUUCUUCCUAUAUCUCUCGAUAAUUACAUAGGUAGUAUUCUUUAUUAUUUACAAAAUUCAUUUUAUUCACUAGAUAUAUGUAGAUUGUAAAAGAAUGCAUUUGAUAAAUUAUGAAUGAAAAAUACACAGAGAACGCGCUUAUGAUAUAGUACGUAUGUGUGUAUGUGUAUGUAUAUAUAUACAUAUAUAAUAUAACAUAUAUAUAUAUAUUAUAUAAUGUAUAUAUAUUAUUAUAUAUUUUUUAUCUUAUUAUUACAUUAUAUCAUAUAAAUAUAUAUAUUUAGUAAUAUGUAAUAAUACGUAUAAUAAUAUAUAAUAUAUUAAAUAAUUUAAAAUAUUAUAUAUUUUUUAUUUUAUUUUAUUAUUACAUUAUGUUAUAUUAUAUAUAUAUUUUUAAAUUUAAUAAUGUAUAAUAUAUUAUAUAAUUUAAAAAAAAUAUAUAUAUAAUAUAAUCUAUAUAUAUAUAUUAACGUAGUAAAUUGUACAUUUUAAAACAGUGGAACUUUGAAGAAAGUUAUGUUACAUCAAUUUAUUCAUGACGCUAAUGAAGAUCAUAUCAAUGAAACUAUAGCAUUUAAUGUUAAGAGAUACAUUUUCCACUUCUAAUAAAGUUUAUUUUUUAUCCUAGAUGUUAUUGCAAAUACAUGACUGUACAAUCUAUAAACGUGAUUAUUGUAUAGUUACUUUUAAUCGUAUGUAUUUGUAUGUAUAUACAUAACAGUUCAUGUUCCGCUAGUCACAUUUUUAUUCUUGUAGUUAAUUCAAAUGAAGUUAGUUGUGUGUUUGAUAUCUAAGUUUGUGAGCCUGAAUUAUAUUUACGGACAAAUAACGAUUAAAUUGGUGGUCGAGUUUGAUCUGAUUUUAUAAAACUGGCCUAAAUAAGGAAAAUCGCCUAUAUGAAUUAACGUUAAUUGUACCGAAGUAAUAAAGUGUAGCAACUUUCUUUCGCUAAAG